ACCCCUUUCACCCCUCCAUGGGGCCAAGUUUCUCUCCGCAGGGUUGUACUGGCUGCUGGGCUGCCAGAGAGCUUCCUCUUCUCCCCAACCUCAGUCUGUGUGCUCUUGUCUGACUUUGGAGAUUGCCAGUCUGAUGAAAUGUGAAAUAGUGGUUCUAACUGUAUGAUUCUGAUUACUUUUUUUUUUUUUUAACCAGUCCCAGGGAUCGAACUCAGAACCUUGUACUUGUAAGGCAGAUGCAGCGCCACUGAGCUAAAUCUCUGAACCAUGAUCCCGACUACUAAUGACAGUGAGCAUCUUUUCACGGAGGAUAUUCAACUAUUCAUCUUCAUGCAGUAGGAUGUUGAUGAUGUGGGACAGUAGACUGUGAUAUAAGAAAAAAAAGUGGCUUACAAGACAACAACAUAUGGUGUCCCGUUUUUGCCCUGGUGCUCACUAUUUCAAGAAGUCUUAUAUGGAAGUAUAAUGCUACACAAGCCAGAGGAAGGAAGGAUCCUGGCACACAGAAGCCUGAUUGUUGUCAGAGACAUUGAUAAGAGGCCGGCAUUUUUAACUGCAGCUGUUCAAACAGCUACUGUAUAACCUGUCCUAGAAGUCAGACACCCAGAAUUUACUGUACUGUGAAUAGAAACUAUGCAUAUUUGUGGGUCCACAAAACCAAGGAAUAGGAGCGAUGGCCGUUGAAAUGUUCUGUCUGAUUCCAAGGUAUUUUUCCUGGGUUUCAUCAUCAGGCUCCUCCUCCCUUUCAUCUUGGCGACAAUGUGGCACCUUUUACUGUUUGAUGAAGAUUAAGGACAUAUUCUUUGGUCAACAAGCAGAAUUUAAAAUCUACGAGAAGAGGGUCAGAGACUGUUUCAGUCACAGCUGAGGAAAAUGAAAUUUCCAUUUUACAUGGUGCCUUGUACAGGGAGCACACUGACUCUUCUGGAAACAUCUGAGUGAAAAGAAGUUGAAUUUUGCCAAAUCGAAGCUCAUGGUGAUGGCAAGUGAUCCAACGUGAUCAGGGAGGGCAGCAGCCACAAAGAACUCAUGACAGGCUAUACCAUGUUGCGGAAUGGGGGUGCGGGAAAUGGAGGUCAAACCUGUAUGCUACGCUGGUCCAACCGCAUCCGGCUCACGUGGCUCAGUUUUACACUCUUCAUCAUCCUGGUUUUCUUCCCCCUCAUCGCUCACUAUUAUCUCACCACUCUGGAUGAGGCGGAUGAGGCGGGCAAGCGGAUUUUUGGCCCACGGGCUGGUAAUGAGCUCUGUGAAGUAAAACACGUGCUGGAUCUCUGCCGCAUCCGUGAGUCUGUGAGUGAAGAGCUUUUACAGCUGGAAGCAAAGAGGCAGGAGCUGAACAGUGAGAUUGCCAGGCUGAACCUGAAGAUCGAAGCCUGUAAGAAAAGCAUUGAGAAUGCCAAGCAGGACUUGCUGCAGCUCAAGAAUGUCAUCAGCCAGACGGAGCACUCUUACAAAGAGCUGAUGGCUCAGAAUCAGCCCAAACUUUCUCUGCCCAUCCGAUUGCUCCCUGAGAAGGACGAUGCUGGUCUUCCUCCUCCAAAGGCCACAUGGGGUUGCCGGCUGCAUAAUUGUUUUGAUUAUUCUCGUUGUCCUCUUACUUCUGGUUUUCCAGUGUAUGUUUAUGACAGUGACCAGUUUGCUUUCGGCAGCUACCUGGAUCCCUUGGUCAAGCAGGCUUUUCAGGCAACAACACGGGCCAAUGUCUAUGUUACGGAGAAUGCGGACAUUGCCUGCCUUUAUGUGGUUUUAGUGGGAGAAAUGCAGGAGCCAGUAGUGCUGCGGCCUGCUGACCUUGAGAAGCAGUUGCAUUCUCUACCAUACUGGCGGACAGAUGGACACAAUCAUAUCAUUAUUAAUCUGUCCCGGAAGUCAGACACCCAGAAUUUACUGUACAAUGUCAGUACAGGCCGUGCCAUGGUGGCCCAGUCCACUUUCUAUGCUGCCCAAUAUAGGCCUGGCUUUGACUUGGUAGUCUCUCCCCUAGUUCAUGCCAUGUCAGAACCCAACUUCAUGGAAAUCCCACCACAGGUGCCAGUGAAGCGGAAAUAUCUUUUCACCUUCCAGGGUGAGAAGAUUGAAUCUCUGAGAUCCAGCCUUCAGGAGGCCCGCUCCUUUGAAGAAGAAAUGGAAGGUGACCCCCCUGCCGACUAUGAUGAUCGGAUCAUUGCCACCCUCAAGGCGGUACAGGACAGCAAGUUGGAUCAGGUCCUGGUAGAAUUUACCUGCAAAAACCAGCCGAAGCUGAGUCUGCCUACUGAGUGGGCACUGUGUGGGGAGCGGGAGGAUCGCCUAGAGCUGCUGAAGCGUUCCACCUUUGCCCUCAUCAUCACUCCUGGGGAUCCCCACUUGGUUAUUUCAUCUGGAUGUGCCACCCGGCUCUUCGAAGCCCUGGAAGUUGGUGCUGUCCCGGUUGUACUGGGGGAGCAAGUACAGCUUCCAUACCAGGACAUGCUGCAGUGGAACGAGGCGGCCCUGGUGGUGCCCAAGCCACGUGUUACCGAGGUUCACUUCCUGUUACGGAGUCUCUCUGAUAGUGAUCUCCUGGCCAUGAGGCGUCAAGGUCGCUUUCUCUGGGAGACUUACUUCUCCACCACUGACAGUAUUUUUAAUACCGUGCUGGCUAUGAUUAGGACACGCAUACAGAUCCCAGCUGCUCCCAUACGGGAAGAGGUAGCAGCCGAGAUCCCCCAUCGUUCAGGCAAGGCUGCUGGAACUGAUCCCAACAUGGCGGACAAUGGGGACCUGGACCUGGGCCCGGUAGAGACAGAGCCGCCCUAUGCCUCACCCAAAUACCUCCGCAACUUCACCCUCACUGUCACUGACUUAUACCGCAGCUGGAACUCUGCUCCAGGGCCUUUCCAUCUUUUCCCUCACACACCCUUUGACCCUGUGUUGCCCUCAGAGGCCAAGUUCUUGGGCUCAGGGACUGGAUUUCGGCCCAUUGGUGGCGGAACUGGGGGUUCUGGCAAGGAGUUUCAGGCAGCCCUUGGAGGCAAUGUGCCAAGAGAGCAGUUCACGGUGGUGAUGUUGACUUAUGAGAGGGAGGAAGUGCUCAUGAACUCUUUAGAGAGACUGAAUGGCCUCCCUUACCUGAAUAAGGUAGUCGUGGUAUGGAAUUCCCCCAAGCUGCCCUCAGAAGACCUUCUGUGGCCUGACAUUGGUGUCCCCAUCAUGGUGGUCCGGACUGAGAAGAACAGUCUGAACAAUCGCUUCCUGCCCUGGAAUGAGAUUGAGACAGAGGCCAUCCUGUCCAUCGAUGACGACGCCCACCUCCGCCAUGACGAGAUCAUGUUUGGCUUUCGGGUGUGGAGAGAAGCACGGGACCGCAUUGUGGGCUUCCCUGGCCGGUACCAUGCGUGGGACAUCCCUCACCAGUCCUGGCUCUACAACUCCAACUACUCUUGUGAGCUCUCCAUGGUGCUGACGGGCGCUGCCUUCUUUCACAAGUAUUAUGCCUACCUGUAUUCUUAUGUGAUGCCCCAGGCCAUCCGAGAUAUGGUGGACGAGUACAUCAACUGUGAGGACAUCGCCAUGAACUUCCUUGUCUCCCACAUCACUCGGAAACCCCCCAUCAAGGUGACCUCACGGUGGACUUUCCGAUGCCCAGGGUGUCCUCAGGCCCUGUCACACGAUGACUCCCACUUCCACGAGCGGCACAAAUGCAUCAACUUCUUUGUCAAGGUGUAUGGCUACGUGCCUCUGCUGUAUACUCAGUUCAGGGUGGACUCCGUGCUGUUCAAGACGCGCCUGCCCCACGACAAGACCAAGUGCUUCAAGUUCAUCUAGGGUGUCGCAAGCUGUUGGCAGAGGGCGGGCAGAGCGAGGGAGGUGGUGUCCAAGGUUCCAGGCACUGAAGGGCCCCGGGACAUCUGCUGGGUGGGGUGGCCCACACCUCUGCUGGGAGAGGCAGCAGGAAGAGUGGAGGGGAAAAAUAGCUGCCUUUAUCUUGAAGUCGGCCACACUGGGCCCGGAACCCUGGUCAGCAGACUGGGGCUUCCACACAGGGCACUGACUGAUAGCAUACACUGAGGACCAGGACCACAGGGACUCCGGAGAGUCCCUUGCGAGUUCAUAAGCCCAGGAUGGCUGGUUCAUGGUUUUAAAAUUCAGUGACAACUAUUAUUAUUUAAAAAGGAAGUUUCAGAUCUGCCAUUCAAGGCCUAUUUAUAUAUAUAAGUGCGUGUAUAUAUACAUAUAUGCGUGUAUAUACAUAUAUAUGCACACAUAUCUCUCUCUCACACACACACACACACACACACGGCAGGGGGAGUUGGAACUUAACUUACUGCCUCUUUCUCCAAGGGAGGGACCCACCAGGCUCUUCAUGUUCCGUAUUUUAGUGGGGUGGAUCCUGGCCAGUGUGAGCUGGCUUCUUUUCAUCUCCUGCUUUUCUGCUCUUCAGGCAUCUGAGCCCAGAAGCAGGAAAGGGACGGACUUGGCCUCUUAGGGUUCCAUGACAAGGCAGGCCCUGCGGGUUUGUGCCUUCCCUAAGGUUGUCCAUCUGUAGUUUGGUUCCUCCUCCCACCAGUGGCCCAGGGAGGACCUGCACCCUCGUGAGCAGUGAGCGGCCUUGCACUGGGCCAGGGGGUUUGGAGGUUUUACCAUUAGACCACACUGUCCCAGGACUUCAUCCCAUUUCCAUUCUCACCCUUGUGUGGGAAAGGACAGUGAAGAAGCAGGGAAUGCAGGAGGAAUGGGCCUGCUUCCUGGUAUGAACCAGCUCUGGCAUCCGCGAGGCAGGGGGUGGCACCACUGAGCUAAAUCCCUAAGUCCCGGGCCGGGGGAAUGGAAGCCGCAGGCUGUGUCAUCACAUUGGCCUGGGGCUCUGCAGGCUGAGUGUGUCCUUUCAGGGUCCCGCCUGGCUGGCUGGCUGGGAAAUCAUACAGCGAGGCACCUGCCUUGGGGAAAUUUACCUUCCCUUCAUGUCUGGGCCUCCGCUGUUUGCUGAGGCUUCGGACCCCUAAUGCUAGGCUGGCUGCAGGAUGCCCCGAGGUUCGAGUGCCGGGAUGGGUGGGAGGCUGAGACUUGCCAAGAGCUUCCAGGUGUUUGCACCCACAUCGCCGUUUUCUUCUACUGGUUUAAAUUUCUGUUUCCUGGGCUGAAAGUGAAAUAAGCUCAUUUUGCUCAUGGUGGUGUGGCGAAACGGAGGGGUGUCAUUUGUCAGAGAUUUGGUCCUUCUGUUUUUCUGAGCCCCACUUUCUUGAAGUGGAGCUGAGAAUAGUUUUCCAGAAAUGGAACAAAAGCUCAGGUCUGUCCUGGUCAUGCACAUGCCUUAAGCCGGCCCUGUCUUCCCUGGACCCUGAUAUCCUGUGCUCCGCACACCUCUCCUGUUCAUCUGAAUGGAUUCUUUCCUGGGUUGCCCCCCGCCUGGUGGGCCCAGGCAUCUUGCUCGGCAGCAGGCAGCGCUGGGCUGCUCCCUGGGGAACCGGAGCUACACCUCUCUGACUAGCAGAAUAUCCAGGCUCCCUGUCCCCUUCUUUCUAACUGUCCUUUCCCGACUCUUGACUUGACUCUAGCAGUAGCCUCCUUCCCUCAGGGAAGCCAAAGACUGUGGUGUUUUAAGCUGUAUCUGUGGCUGCUAUUUUGUCUUGUUUCUUUUAACACAAGGAACUUGGAAACUGCAGCAGUGGGUCUGUGUGAGGAGAAGCAGGCUGUGUGGUCGGAGCCCUUCUGUGGGGCCAGGUCCUCAGUUCCUGAGUCUCUGUCACUCAUAGAUGCCAUCAUCAUGGGCUGCAGGGCGGCAGUGACGUCAGAGCGACGGACACAGAUGGCAUGGUCUGGACCUGCCAGGACACUAGCUCGAAGGACCAGAUGCAGGCCGUAGUGGACACUGACCAUGUCCUUAAAGACUGGCCUCGGCACAGUGGACACCAUGUGUGGCUGGCAGGUGCUUCUGGGAUUGACAGCCGCCCUCUUGCCAGGUGGGAUGGGGCACCCUGGGGCCUUGCCUCUAAUGUUCCUCAUCAGAGGACACCCAGCAGGGACUUCCAACCCAGGAGAGUGGCUCUCCUGGCCCCAGUCCCCUUGGCUGUCCAUGGGUCACAAUUUGUCACCUCGGGGCAGCCACCCAGGGUGCUCUCCAGGCUCUGCUGGGCUUUUGUUCUCCUGAGCUUGUCUGUCCUGUGUGUGCCGCGCCUCAUCAGGGGUCCUGAGUGUGGGUCCUGUGCCCAGGAAGGAGGGUGGGGGUGGGAAGCAUCAUUCCCUCAGCCGCCUGGCCUGAGACGCUGUUGUAAGGGGCUUCUCUGCUGUCAUGCCACGUCUAUCACCCCACCCUUCUCCGACCACGAGCACAAUGGUCUUACGUUGGAGUUUUGUAAAAAAAAAAAAAAAAA